GAGACGAGCUUGGGCACCAAGAAAAAGAAAAAAAAAACUUUUUCUUCACCAAGGAAAAAGAUUCUUCUGUAAGAGCGAAGUAGACGAGUUCGGGGAAAAUGAGUCUAAACGAUUUCACUGGAAUAAGCUUUUCUGACUGAAUUGAAAAAAAAAAAAAAAAAUUGUCAAAGGAAGAGAGAAAGAAGAAGAACCAACAAUAUCGCAAUGUUUCAUUGUCGCCGUCUUGUUCUUUCCUGCAGAUAUGGUGCGAGUCAAGCCGCUACUUUUCUCCGAAGGUCUGGACCAUCGAAACGAAUUCAAUCAUUCAAUUACAGUAAAUCAACAAGACAGGGCCAUGAAAUGCCAGAUGCUAAUCCUCUCUUUCCUUUAGGAGGAGGAGGAGGAGGAACUCAAGCUUCUUCUCGUUCUCGUGCUCGUUAUGCUGUUCCAGCAAUUGUGCUUGGAUUUGCUGGAUUCAUCACCUUUCUUCAUUACAACGAUGAGAGAAGAGCAGUUCCAAAAGGUCAAACAAGCACCAGCAGCAACAGUGGUUGUGGAUGCGGUUCUAAUACAACUGUCAAAGGUCCAAUUAUUGGAGGUCCGUUUACUCUUAUGAGCACUGAAAAUAAGAUAGUCACUGAGAAAGAUGUUUGCGGUAAAUGGAUUCUACUCUACUUUGGAUACUCGUUUUCCCCGGAUGUUGGACCUGAGCAAUUGAAGAUGAUGUCCAAAGCAGUUGAUAAACUAGAGUCUAAACAUAACCAGAAUAUUCUGCCUGUCUUCGUCACUCUUGACCCUCAACGAGAUUCGCCUUCUCAUCUCCGCGCAUACUUGAAAGAGUUUGACAGUAGAAUACUAGGACUAACCGGAGCUGCAAGUGCAAUGAGGCAAAUGGCACAAGAGUAUCGUGUCUACUUCAAGAAAGUUCAAGAAGACGGAGACGAUUAUCUCGUUGAUACUUCUCACAACAUGUACUUGUUAAAUCCGAAGAUGGAGGUUGUGAGAUGCUUUGGGGUUGAGUAUAAUCCAGAUGAGCUCUCACAAGAGGUUCUUAAAGAAGUUACUUCUGUUUCACAAUGAACCAUUUUGACCAAAUACUAAAGAGAGAAACAUUAUUAGGCUGCGCUCUUUGAUUGUUUUCUUCAAUUGGUGAAUUUCAUUUAGACGAUUUUGUUAAUCCUUCUUUUUGUCAUUGAAAAAGGAAAAUUAGAUAGUAGAUCCAGCAAACUUGUUGAAAUUUUGAAAUCUAAACUAUAUGGUAUGAAGUUUCUGGAAUCUUCAUCCUCGCUCACAAGGAGUGGAAGAGAUUGUGUCGAUGCUACCGCUUUUGUUAGAUCUGGAGGAUGGAUUUGAUUUUAGAGAAUAAUAUAAAUGUAGGUGAUUGAAUUGGUUUGGUGGAGCAUUUUGACUUCUCCUAUGGAGUAUGGUGUUAUAGCUUUGACGAAACAAAGAAUAUAUGUAGUGAUAACUCAAAUAAUGUACAGUUCCUUUCAUAAUCCUUUGUUGGGAUUUACAUUUUACUAAAUCAUUUAGGUUUCUUUAAUUAUCUUUCAAUGAAAUAGAAAUCGAAGUGAUUGAAUCUUUUGCUUGGA